AAUCUCAAAGUCCAGCCUGGGGGUGAGCAGUCCGAGCCCUUCCUCUGACCAGCUUCCACCAGGAUUUACUUCCUGACUAGGAGAGAUGACUCUGGCCUGGAGACUUGUGACACGAACUUUGCACCUGGAGACUUCCUCAUGCAGGACUUCUAAGACGUGCCCUUCCCUGAGCCUGAGCUUAGGUGCUUUGUGGGGGUCUGGGACCAAGCUCGGUCUUCAUACAAAGCCCAGGAUGCCUCCAUGUGACUUCACGCCUGAGAGAUACCAGUCCCUUCCCUACGGCCGCGUCCUGGACAUCCACAAGCAGCACCUUUCUCCCGUGCUGACGGCCUACUUUUCCGAGCCUUUGCUGCUCCACCAGGGCCACGGGGAGUGGCUCUUUGAUCACGAGGGAAACAGAUACCUGGACUUCUUUUCUGGGAUUGUCACCGUCAGUGUUGGUCACUGCCACCCGAAGGUAAACGCGGCGGCACAAAAGCAGCUCGGCCGCCUGUGGCACACAAGCGCCCUCUUCUUCCACCCACCAAGCCAUGAGUAUGCAGAGAAGCUUGCCGCACUUCUUCCUGAACCUCUAAAGGUCAUUUUCUUGACGAACAGCGGCUCCGAGGCCAACGACCUCGCCAUGAUGAUGGCCCGAGCACACUCCAAGAACACGGACAUCAUCUCCUUCAGAGGAGCCUACCACGGAUGCAGUCCUUACACCCUCGGCUUGUCAAACGUGGGGCUGUUCAAGAUGACCCUCCCCAGUGGGUCAGGCUGCCGAUCAACAAUGUGCCCAGACGUUUUCCGGGGCCCCUGGGGAGGAAGCCACUGUCGGGAUUCUCCCGUGCAAACGAUCAGGAAAUGCAGCUGUGCCCCAGACCACUGCCACGCUAAAGACCAGUAUAUUGAACAGUUCAAAGAUACUCUGAACACGUGUGUGGCCAAGUCAAUUGCUGGAUUUUUUGCAGAGCCAAUUCAGGGGGUGAACGGGGUCGUCCAGUACCCGAAGGGGUUUCUGAGGGAAGCCUUUGAGCUGGUGCGAGCACGGGGAGGCGUGUGCAUUGCGGACGAAGUGCAGACAGGAUUUGGAAGGCUGGGCUCUCACUUCUGGGGCUUCCAAACCCAUGGCGUCCUGCCAGACAUCGUCACCAUGGCCAAGGGGAUCGGGAACGGCUUUCCCAUGGCAGCAGUCGUGACAACUCCAGAGAUCGCCAGGUCUUUGGCCAACUGCGUGCUGCACUUCAGCACCUUCGGAGGGAGCCCCGUGGCCUGCGCCGUGGGAUCGGCCGUGCUCGAGGUGAUUAAAGAAGAAAAUCUACAGGAAAACAGUCAAGAAGUUGGCACCUACAUGUUACUGAAGUUUGCUAAGCUGCGGGAUGAAUUUGAAAUUAUUGGAGAUGUCCGCGGCAAAGGCCUCAUGAUAGGCGUAGAAAUGGUGAAGGAUAAGACAAGCCGCCAGCCUCUUCCCCGUGAGGAAGUCAGUCAGAUCCACGAGGACUGCAAACGCAUGGGUCUUAUCAUUGGCAAAGGUGGCCUUUUUUCUCAGACAUUCCGCAUUGCGCCCUCCAUGUGCAUCACCAAACCAGAAGUUGACUUUGCCGUGGAAGUAUUUCGCUGUGCGGUAAUCCAACACAUGGAGAGAAGAGCUCAAUAAGACUUAACAUAUAAAAACCCACAAGCCUCAGGAACCUCCCACUCAUGUUCAAGAGCUAAUGCGAGGAAUCUCAGAACCCCUGGUGGAAGUCGUGAAGGAUGACUGCCUGCCAGCCCUGUUUGUUAAUUAGCAGAGCCCCAAUAUUAAUUAGCAGAGCCCCGACAUGUUGGUAAACCCUGCAGGAAAGGGUCUCUCUCCCUAGCUCAGAGGAUAAAUCCUAACUAGUCCUGGUUAGUUACGGUCAUUUGAUUCCCCCUUGCGGUGACUGGCUCCUGCGUGAUCCGUGACAUACUUUGGAACAGUGAACCCUGAAGGAAAAUGCUGGUGCGGGUGCCGCUAGGGAAAGGUUUCUGCAUGCUUCCUGCUUCGCCGCCAGGAGAGAGGUUUUCUUGCCUUGAAGCAUGGUGUGUCCUGAUGGUACCUGCGCAAACCACGUCAGCCACUCUGGGGCCGUGAGACCACAGCUCCGUGCUGACGUCAGAAGGUGUUCGGAAGAUGAGUCCUGAGUGAGGUCAGUGAGCCACUGGCAGCCAGUCUGGGGCAACCUUACCUCGAGGCUUCUUGUGACGUGAGGCAAUAAACUCAUUGCAUGGCACGAG